UAAAUUCUGCAUCAAGGGAAAACCAUCACUAUAUAAAGAUGCAUCAUUGAAAUCCUCAAAACCUGAUGAGUUUGCUCAAGAAACCAAAAUCCCUUAAAAAGAAACAAGAAAAACCAGAGAGAGAGAGAGAGAGAGAGCUGCAUUAUUAUUUAGAGAAUGUACUGAACCCUCCAUCACCUCUCAGUCUGUUGCCCUCUCAGUCUGUUGCCUCCGAGAACUAUAACUCUUCAUUUCCAAUACAAGCUCCCCCCAUCUCCAUCCCUCUGUCUCUCUCUCUAUCUCUCUCUCAAUCACCCAUCUGGCUCACAAGCUCCACCGGAGCCCUUGACAGUUCAUCAGCAGCUGCUCUCUAAAACCCCUUCUUCCAUGGCUGUUCUGGUGUUUCUGGUGCUCUUCCUGGCCCUCACUGGCCAUUCAGGUGCAACGUACUGCAUAUGCAAAGACGGGAUCGGUGACCAGGCCCUCCAGAAGAACGUGGACUAUGCCUGUGGAGCGGGGGCCGAUUGCUCGGCCAUCCUUCAGAACGGCGCUUGUUACCAGCCCAACACCGUGAAGGACCACUGCAACUACGCCGUGAACAGCUAUUUCCAGAAGAAAGGCCAGGCCGCCGGUAGCUGUGACUUCGCCGGAACCGCCGCUCCUUCGACUGUUCUUCCAAAUCAACCCUCUGGUUGUGUCUACCCUUCAAGCCCAAGCUCGGUCACCUCCACCACCCCGACCCCGCCAGGCACCAUCACCACCACCCCGCCGGGCACCAUCACCACCACCCCGCCUGCAGGGUUCACUGGCGGCGGCAUAGGGUUAGCCCCCACUGGCAUCAACGACACUAGCGACGCCUUCAAUCUGGUUCUCUUCGGCAGCAUCAAAUCAGUCCUCCUCUCUCUGGCUGUCAUUCCCUUGCUGUGGGGUUAAAAAAAGUUCAAAGGGCAUGUUACCGGUGGAAAAGACAAGUGGUGGGGUGGGGGUUUUGAAUCUGGGGAAGGUCCUCAAAUAGGGACAGGUUUCACCGGGGGUAGAAAUUAUGUGACUUCAGGGGUUUUGUGGUGCAGGACAUAGAAGCAACAAGGCCUGGACCAAUUUUUCUUUAUUUCUUUCAUCUUUUUCUGCCUUCUUUUCUUGAGAAGAAAGGCUUUGGGGAUUUUAUGUACAUGUGGGCUAGGAGCAUAUUCCUUAAAAUUGGAGGGAGUUUUGGUGGUCCGCUAACUUCAGUGAAAAUGGUCUGUCGCUAUCUUUUCUAAGUUUAUAUUUUGUUGAUUCAAUUCAUUUGAUGAAGUUUGUUGCGUUUUGUUUUUGCUUU